CCGGUGCAGUCAGCGUUACAGAAGAAAGUGGUGAUACACGUCUCAUAUCUUUCUGCCAAAAUGUGUGACGAAGAUGUUGCUGCGUUGGUUAUCGACAACGGCUCCGGCAUGUGUAAGGCUGGGUUCGCCGGUGAUGACGCCCCAAGAGCUGUCUUCCCCUCCAUCGUGGGCCGCCCACGACAUCAGGGUGUGAUGGUCGGUAUGGGACAGAAAGACAGCUACGUCGGUGACGAGGCUCAGUCCAAGAGAGGUAUCCUCACCCUCAAGUACCCCAUCGAGCACGGUAUCGUCACCAACUGGGACGACAUGGAGAAGAUCUGGCAUCACACCUUCUACAACGAGCUCCGUGUGGCUCCCGAGGAGCACCCCGUCCUCCUGACAGAGGCUCCCCUCAACCCCAAAGCCAACCGUGAAAAGAUGACGCAGAUCAUGUUCGAGACCUUCAACUCUCCAGCUAUGUAUGUGGCCAUCCAGGCUGUUCUUUCUCUGUACGCUUCUGGUCGUACGACAGGUAUUGUUUUGGACUCUGGUGAUGGUGUCACCCACACUGUUCCCAUCUAUGAGGGCUACGCCCUUCCCCAUGCCAUAAUGAGACUGGACCUUGCUGGUCGUGAUCUCACUGAUUACAUGAUGAAGAUCCUGACAGAGCGUGGCUACUCCUUCACCACCACUGCCGAACGAGAAAUCGUCAGGGACAUCAAGGAGAAGCUGGCCUAUGUCGCCCUCGACUUCGAGCAGGAGAUGGCUACAGCUUCCACUUCUUCCUCACUGGAGAAGAGCUACGAGCUUCCCGACGGUCAGGUCAUCACCAUUGGCAACGAGAGGUUCCGUUGUCCAGAGGCCCUCUACCAGCCAUCCUUCUUGGGUAUGGAAUCAGCCGGUAUCCACGAAACAACAUACAAUUGCAUCAUGAAGUGUGAUGUUGAUAUCCGUAAGGACUUGUAUGCCAACACUGUACUUUCGGGAGGUAGCACCAUGUACCCAGGAAUCGCUGACAGAAUGCAGAAGGAGAUCACUGCCCUUGCACCAGCAUCAAUGAAGAUCAAGGUCAUCGCUCCUCCAGAGAGGAAAUACUCCGUCUGGAUCGGUGGCUCCAUCCUUGCCUCUCUGUCCACCUUCCAGCAGAUGUGGAUCAGCAAGCAGGAGUACGAUGAGUCCGGCCCAUCCAUUGUACACAGAAAGUGUUUUUAGUGACUGAUAUUGCAUAGACAGUAACAUUAAAGAAUCACUAUUAAUCACCUAAAGGCCAAAGUGUAUAAUUGUCCUUCUCAUCGUCAGAAAUGUGUUGUGACUGAAAUUACAAAAUACAUAAUGAUUGCUUCAGUUAUCCUGAUAAUGGUUGUCGAGCGUUUGUGUAUUAUUCCAAUGUUGUUUUCUUCUUUUGGCAUUGAUACAUUUUCUUGGCUUAUUUAUUAUAUAUUACAUAUCUUGCGUCAAUUCUAUUCUAUUGUCUACUUGGAAUAGUUACAAAGAACGUGCGUUGUUUUGUGCGUUGUGCAUGCUGUAUGUUUCAUGCAAUCGUUAGUAUAUACAAAGUUGUACCACGAACUACAGUUACACAAGCUGAAACCGACAUGUCUCGUCAGUAUAUACAGAGUUGUACCACAAACUACAGUUACACAAGCUGAAACCGACAUGCCCCGUAUGAGUAAUUGCAUCGUUUUACAUGCAAGCAACACAACGUUUCUUAGUUAUUUGUUAUUUGUGUUGCACAAUUAUACAAACACGUAACUUAGGGGGAGCUUUGACUGCAUUCAACUCUAAAAAAAUUAUUUUCACAUUUUGCAGUGUAUGUCUAUUGUAAGACUGGUAAAUAUUCUAGUCCUGCUUGACAGAGACAUUGUGUCAAAGUGGGUACUUGUUUUCUAAAUAAAACAUUCCUCAUCAGAAAAUA